CUACUCUCCCUUCAUAUUUCAUUUCACCCCCCCCCCUCCUCUGGAUCCCGCUUUUUUGUUCCCUUCCACCCUCCUGCGACAAUGGCCGACCAACCAUCCUUCCCUACUUCCAAACCCGCCAAUACCAACGGCACCGCCGCAGCCCCCGCCGCCCCCAAUGGCUCCGCCAAUCCCGGCCCUGUUAAAUCCCAGCUUUACAACCCCAACCGUCAAGUCUACCGCCCACAAUCUUACCACCGCCGGCGACGCUCCCACUGCCGCUUUUCCUGCUGCUGCUGCUGCUUCUGGUCCAUACUCCUCCUUCUCGCCCUCCUUCUCCUCGCUGCCAUUGUCGGCGCUGCUCUCUAUGUCCUUUAUCGUCCUCACCGUCCCCAAUUCUCCAUCACCAAUCUUCGCAUUGCCAGGAUGAACCUUACUACUUCCCCUGAUUCCCCUCCUCAUCUCACUACCCUCCUCAAUCUCACCCUUAUAGCCAAAAACCCGAACAACCAUCUCGUUUUCUUCUAUGACCCUUUCUCUGUCACUGCCUACUCUGAUACCGUCGCCAUCGGGAACGGAACUUUGACGGCGUUUACAUCCAACCAGAACAACCAGACCAGCCUCCGAGCCGUCCUUUCCGAUGCUCAAGAUCUGGAUACUGAUGAGCUCACUAGUCUGAGAUCGAAUCUGAAGAAGAAAAAGGGGUUCCCGGUGAUGAUUCAGAUGGACACCAAGGUGAAGUUGAAGAUGGAGUGGCUCAAGAGCAAGAAAGUGGGGAUUAGAGUUGAGUGCGACGGAAUCAGGGGGACGGUUCCCAGCGGGAAGACUCCGUCGGUGGCUUCGGUCACGGACUCUGAGUGUAAAGUGGAUCUUCGAAUCAAGAUCUGGAAGUUCUCUUUUUAGAUUUUGUUCGAUUAUCGAUAUCGAUUCGUUACCCCUGUGAUGACCAAUCUAAUCAAUUAUAUUGCUUCUUCUUCU